AUGAGAAACCACCAUAUAAAGCUUGUUUUACCAUUUUUUUCUCUUGUUACAGUGGUUUUUAGUGCCACUGACCCCAAUGACUUUGCAAUUCUCAAAGCAUUCAAAGAAGGGUUGGAGAACCCUGAACUUUUGGAGUGGCCCGCUAAUGGUGAUGACCCGUGUGGUCAAUCGUGGAAACAUGUUUUCUGUUCUGGUUCAAGGAUCACACAAAUUCAGGUUCAGAAUAUGAGCUUGAAAGGUAAUCUGCCUCCAAACCUCAACCAGCUUACAAAACUCCAAAGGUUAGGCCUUCAAAGGAACCAAUUCACUGGAGCUUUACCAUCCUUCAGCGGGUUAUCGGAGCUACUGAAUGCUUAUUUGGAUUUCAAUCAGUUCGAUUCAAUUCCUUCUGAUGGUUUUGAUGGUUUAGUGAGCUUGCAAGUCUUGGCAUUGGAUAACAAUAAUUUCAAUGCCAGUACAGGGUGGUCAUUCCCUCCGGGGUUGCAAGAUUCUGCACAAUUGACCAAUCUUUCUUGUAUGUUUUGUAAUUUGGCUGGUCCCUUGCCUGAUUUUCUAGGGAACUUGUCAUCUCUACAGAACUUGAAACUUUCAGGCAAUAAUUUAUCUGGUGAGAUUCCUUCAAGCUUCAAAGGAGGCAUGUCUUUACAGAAUCUGUGGUUAAAUGAUCAGAAUGGAGGUGGGUUGAGUGGCACUAUUGAUGUGGUGACAACAAUGGAUUCAGUUAAUGUUCUAUGGCUUCAUGGGAACCAGUUCACAGGUACAAUUCCGGAGAGCAUUGGCAACUUGACUGUUUUGCAGGAUCUCAAUCUUAACGGUAACCAACUGGUUGGAUUCAUUCCUGAUAGCCUGGCAAAAAUGCCAUUAGAGCAUUUAGAUUUGAACAACAAUCAGUUAAUGGGUCCAAUUCCAAAAUUUAAAGCAACUGAAGUGUCGUAUUCUUCAAAUGCAUUCUGUCAAUCCACUCCAGUUGUCCCUUGUGCACCGGAAGUUAUGGCACUCCUAGAGUUUCUUGGUUCGUUGAAAUACCCUUCAAGACUAGUUUCUUCAUGGACUGCUAAUAACCCAUGUCCAUGGCUGGGAUUGGCUUGUGAUCGCAACGGUAAGGUUAAUUCCAUUGUUUUGCCUAACUAUAAUCUUAGUGGUACCUUGAGUCGUUCAGUUGCAAAGCUAGGUUCCCUUCUUCAAAUUAAACUUGGGAGUAACAAUCUAAGCGGUCCAAUUCCAGAUAACUGGACUAGCUUGACAUCUUUGAAAACAUUAGAUCUUAGUGCCAACAACAUUUCCCCUCCAUUACCAAAAUUUGGUGACACAGUGAAUGUUGUCAUUUCGGGCAAUCCUCUAUUUAAUGGCGGUAGCCCGUCCAAUCCAAACCCCUCUCCCGGAUCCGGAAGUUCAGAUUCUCCACCCAGCAACCCCUCAUCACCGACCAAAGGCACAGUUUCUAGUCCCGGGUAUUCUUCAGAACCAAUGAAACCCAAACGGUCCACGUUAGUUGCAAUUAUAGCUCCUGUUGCAAGUGUUGCAGUUAUUGCUAUUCUGGUCAUUCCACUAUCUAUCUAUUGUUACAAGAAGAGGAAAGAGACCUCCCAGGCUCCAAGUUCCCUUGUCAUUCAUCCAAGAGAUCCAUCUGAUUCAGACAACACAGUUAAGAUUGUGGUUGCCAAUAACACCAAUGGAAGCGCUUCUACAAGAACAGGAAGUGGUUCUGCAAGCAGAAAUAGUAGUGGCAUUGGCGAGUCUCAUGUCAUUGAAGCAGGAAACUUGGUCAUAUCAGUUCAAGUUCUUCGAAAUGUGACUAAGAAUUUUGCCUCGGAGAAUGAGCUUGGCCGUGGUGGCUUUGGGGUGGUUUAUAAAGGAGAACUUGAUGAUGGAACAAAAAUAGCAGUUAAAAGAAUGGAGGCUGGUGUGAUUAGCAGCAAAGCGUUGGAUGAAUUCCAGGCUGAGAUUGCAGUUCUUUCAAAGGUACGGCACCGUCAUUUGGUUUCACUUUUGGGUUACUCUAUUGAAGGCUAUGAAAGAAUCCUUGUUUACGAGUACAUGCCUCAAGGAGCUCUAAGCAAGCAUCUUUUCCACUGGAAGAGCUGGAAGUUGGAGCCUCUUUCUUGGAAGAGGAGGCUAAAUAUUGCAUUGGAUGUUGCUAGAGGAAUGGAAUAUCUUCAUAAUUUGGCUCACCAGAGCUUCAUACAUAGAGAUCUUAAAUCUUCAAACAUCUUACUUGCCGAUGAUUUCAGAGCAAAAGUUUCCGAUUUUGGAUUGGUGAAACUUGCUCCUGAUGGAGAGAAAUCUGUGGUGACCAGGCUUGCUGGGACCUUUGGAUACUUGGCACCUGAAUAUGCUGUGACGGGAAAAAUCACAACAAAGGUCGAUGUCUUUAGUUUUGGGGUUGUGUUAAUGGAGCUAUUGACUGGAUUGAUGGCACUCGACGAGGACAGGCCGGAGGAAAGCCAGUACUUGGCUGCAUGGUUUUGGCGAAUCAAAUCAGAUAAGCAGAAACUCAGGGCUGCUAUUGACCCAGUGCUUGAUGUGAAAGACGAAACAUUUGAGAGUAUUUCCAUCAUUGCUGAACUGGCUGGGCACUGCACGGCGAGGGAGCCCAACCAAAGACCGGAUAUGGGCCAUGCUGUGAAUGUGCUGGCCUCACUGGUCGAGAAAUGGAAACCUUUGGAUGAUGAUACUGAAGAAUAUUGUGGCAUUGAUUACAGCCUCCCUCUUAACCAGAUGGUGAAAGGCUGGCAGGAAGCCGAAGGAAAGGACUUGAGUUAUGCGAACUUAGAAGACAGCAAAAGUAGCAUCCCAGCAAGGCCUGCUGGUUUUGCAGAGUCUUUCACUUCUGUUGAUGGGCGGUAG